CUCAGAAGUGAAGUUUCACUGAGCAGAAGCGCGAGCACUUCCUUAUCAGUGUUUAAUUUAAAAAAAAAAAUAAAAAAAUGGCAUCACAGGACCUUUUGACGAGCCAGGAUUAAAUACUGAAACACAUUUUGAGAAGACUUCAUGAAAUAAAGGAGUCAGAUGGGAGUUUAUUUGGAUAAUAACGGGAUUUGAUUGAAAGAAAUCCGUUAAAGAAGUGGGCAAGUGGGCGGAGCCUCUGCACGUGAAGGUACAGACUUCUAGGGCUCAUGGAGGGCAUCUGCUUCGAGGUGAAACCUCGAGGCGACCCCGCCCCUUCCUCCCAGCCACUCCCAGAAGGAUCAGGAGAUGAAGAUGAGGAGGAAGAAGUGAUCCAGUACAGACUGACGCUGGCGGGCUCGUUAGCAGUCCACCCCCAGACCACUAUGGCCAUGCUGCCGUGGGUGGUGGCUGAGAUACGCAGGCCUCGGCUGAAGGAACGGAGCUUCAGCACAAGAAUCUCUGGACCUCGAGCAUUAGAGAUGCGCGACUGUCCGGUGGUCUUGCGGAUCUCGUGUUCCUGGGUGCGGUGUGUGCUGGGCAUGGCGUGUGUAGGGGACCCGUGGGACCCGCUGCAGCACGCCGUCCUCUUUCAGCAGCGGCCGCAUCGCGUCACCAAACUCAUCCACAACAGCCGAGAGCCGAGCUACUUCGGCUGUCUGAUUCGGGAUGAAAGCAGCGCUACCUGCUAUGUGUUCCGCUGCCAUGACGAGCACAAGGUCCCGGAGAUCAUCAGCACCCUGAGGCAGGCCAGUAAAAGCUCCGCCCGUCAGGAGGACACGCCCACCGCCCAGCCCGGUGACUCUCACCAAGACAACGGUCGUCAGGACACGCCGGAAUCGGCGACAGCCUUCGCCAAAAAGUUUGAGGUGCUGUUCUGCGGGCGGGCGGUGGUGGCCCGGAAGAACGCUCCCCCGGCGCUGAUAGACGAGUGCAUCGAGAAGUUCAGCCGAGCCAACGCUAGCAACUCUCUGGCUGCCGGUAUCAGGAGAGCCUUCUCACUCACGCAGGUGAUAAACGGAGCGAACGAGGGAACGGAUGGAGGAGGAAAGAGGACGCUGUUUUUCCGGAGAGAUCCGAGCUUCCCGUCUCUGCAGGCGCUGGAUGAGAACGGUCUCUCGCCGGCGCUACAGCGUCGAUCGGCGAACGGAGCCGCAGGAGUCCAGCCUACCAGCCUGCAGGAGAACAGGACCAUGUUAUUUAUGAUUGGGCGCUCUCAGAUCUUCCUAGUGAGUCCUGACAGUAAGAAGGUGGCCAUCGAGAAGAGCUUCAGGGAAAUCUCUUUCUGCUCACAGGGUAUAAGGCAUGUGGAUCAUUUCGGGUUUAUCUGUAGAGAGUCGGAUGAAGGCGGAAGCUGCCAGUUUGUGUGCUACGUGUUCCAGUGUACAGACGAGGCUCUGGUGGAUGAGAUCAUGCUGACUCUGAAGCAGGCGUUCUCCGUGGCCGCCCUGCAGAAGAGCAGUAGGACCCAGAGCCUGCAGUGUGACUCCUGCCCCAUGCAGCAGCUGCACCGACUCUGUGACCGCAUCGAGGGUCUCACUGCAUCCAAGGCUAAGCUGGAGUUGCAGAAGCAUGUGGCUUUUCUGGAUAAUCAGGAGCAGGCGUGUGUGUUUGAGACGACCCUGAAAGCCAGACCAAAGUCGGAUCAGGAGGAAAACGAGCUGGUCGUAUCAUGUUUAAGGCAACUCUAUGAAGAGAGACAGAAGACACACACGCACACACACAUCACACAAACAAAACAGGAAUCUCCAGUGGCGUGUGAGGAGACGUGUGCAGGUCCCGAAGGCAGCAUGAGCAGCAGCCGACUGCGUCUGGAACAGCUGAAGAGUCGAGCCAAAAGAUCGCUCACAGAGUCACUGGAAGGAAUAUGGAAGAGCAACAGUAGGUCCAGGUUACAGAGAGAGAGCAGUGACAGCACCUCCUCAAACUCCACCAUCAGCAGCGCCCAUCAGGAUAUCAUCUUGGUAGAACCGCCGUCUCCGCCCCUCUUGCCAUCCAGCCCACUCCGCUCCCACAAUUCCACAGGGGACCUGAAGUGCCUGGAGUCUGGAGAUGCGGAUCAGGAAGAUCACGACCCCCAGGCUCAGAGCUUCCGGAGGCGAGCGAGUACGAUCAGUCACUCCCCGUCGAUGUGUGCGAGCAGCCUGAGCGUCCCGAGCGAGCAGGUCACGGCCGGCAGCAAGCCCAAACUCGUACGCCAUUACUCCGUCAGCACGGACUCGCCUCAUCAGAGCAAGUCGGCUCACGGCGGCGAUGCGAGCUCCUCUGCUUCUUCCUCCUCUGCUUCUUCCUCUUCCUCACACCUCUCCUUCUCUUCCUCUCCUGCCUAUGCAAGACUGAUGAAGUCGAGAGCCUUUGAUCAACUCACAAAACCCCUCAAGAGUGGAUUAAGGGCCAGACUGUCUUCUUCUUCUUCUGUUCCAAACUUCUUAAAGUUUCUGGCUCCUGUAGAGGAGCACGAUGACUCCUGCAUCUCUCCGAAACACAGAGACGUAGCGGCCCUGUCCAGCCCCGUGGUGGGACAAGACAGUCCACUCCGUCACCGCAGACACUCCUGGAGACAGCAGAUCUUUCUCAGAGUGGCUACACCACAGAAAGGCUCCGAUACAGCAGAAAGAGGAGAAACAUCCCUAGAGGUCGGCAGUAGGUUGACGGUGGGAGGCGGAGCCGGGGGCGGGGACGGCACACUGGGGCCGGUACCUGAGGAGAGGAGGAAGAGGAGUCGGGAGGAGCUGCGAGAGUUAUGGAAGAAAGCCAUUCUGCAGCAGAUCCUCCUCCUGAGAAUGGAGAGGGAGAACCAGAAACUACAGGCCUCUGAGAGUGACCUCCAGAGCAGGCGGCUGAAGCUGGACUACGAGGAGAUCACGCCCUGUCUUAAGGACGUCACUCUCGUCUGGGAGAAAAUGCUCAGCACCGCUGGGAGGUCAAAGGUCAAGUUUGACACGGAGAAGAUCCACACAGCCGUCGGGGAAGGUGUGCCCCGGCAGCACAGGGGUGAAAUCUGGAAGUUUCUCUCUGAACAGUAUUUACUGAGACAGCAGGUGCCCAGCUCCAAACCACCCAAUAACGACGUGCCUUAUAAAGAGCUACUGAAGCAACUCACCUCCCAACAACACGCCAUCCUCAUAGAUCUGGGCCGUACGUUCCCCACGCACCCUUAUUUCAGCGCUCAGCUGGGUGCAGGUCAGCUGUCGCUCUAUAACCUGCUGAAGGCCUACUCUCUGCUGGACCCGGAGGUGGGCUACUGCCAGGGGCUGAGCUUCGUGGCCGGAGUGCUGCUGCUGCACAUGAGCGAGGAGGAAGCCUUCGACAUGCUCAAGUUCCUCAUGUACGACAUGGGACUGCGCAAACAGUACAGACCCGACAUGAUCAUCCUGCAGAUCCAGAUGUAUCAGUUAUCCCGGCUGCUGCAUGAUUAUCACAGAGAGCUGUACAGUCACCUGGAGCAGCACGAGAUCGGUCCGAGUCUGUACGCCGCGCCGUGGUUCCUCACCGCUUUCGCCUCACACUUCCCUCUGGGUUUUGUGGCUCGAGUCUUUGACAUGCUGUUCCUACAAGGGUCAGAGGUCAUCUUCAAGGUGGCGCUAAGCCUUCUGGGAAGCCACAAGCCGCUGAUUCUGCAACACGACAAUCUGGAGUCCAUAGUGGACUUCAUUAAGAGCACGCUGCCCAACCUGGGACUGGUGCAGAUGGAGAAAACCAUCAACCAGGUGUUUGAGAUGGACAUCAGUAAGCAGCUGCAGGCGUACGAGGUGGAGUACCACGUGCUCCAGGACGAGCUCCUCGACGGCCCGUCCACUCUCAGCCAAUCACAGCGCGCCGCUCAGCUGGAGAAGACCAACGGCAGCCUGCGGCAGCAAAACCUCGACCUGCUGGAGGAAGUACAGGUGGCCCAUGCGAGGAUCCGUUUCCUGGAGUCGCGUGUGGAGGGCUUGGUGAAGAGCGAGGCGGUGCUGCGUGUCGAGCUCACGUCGCUGCAGCAGGAGCACUCGGACCUGCAGCACACCGUCACCCAGCUCCAGACUCUGCUCACCAGCCACGGCAUCCAGUACCCCUCAGCUCCGUCCUAAUACACUCCCUCUUUCACUCGUUCACUCCUUUAUCUCCUCAGGAGAAAUAAUGAGACGUGACCUCUGGGCUGGGGGGCGGAGACUUGUUCCGAUAUUUUGGUGUAAGGUAUAAUGCGCCCUUAUUCCCCUGGGACGAGAGGAAGAGGAUACAGACUCAUGAGUAGGUGCUGUUUGGAUUAGAGCGCGUCCUUCUCUCUUUCUUUCUCUCUCUCUCUCUCUUUCUCUCUCUCUCUCUCUCUCGCGCCACUCACAGGGAAGUGCCUAAAGGUCAAAGGUCGCUGACUUUGGAACCGUGGACCCUUUUUUAAGGCGUAACAAUGACACACCAGCACUGAUCGGCUCUGCGCCACACUCCGAACAAUUGCACACGUUUCCCGCACCACACACUGUGUGUGUAUAUGCGUGUGUGUGUGUGUAUGUGUAAAGUAUUUGCACCCUUUGUCUUGUGUGUUCACUCCAUGUAAAGGCACUGCUGUAUGCUGGUUAGCGUCGAUAAACAAAAACCAACGAGAUGUGCACACUCAUGACUUUUCUUUUCAACCUCAAUGAUUUCCAGACAUGAAAGUGUUGUUUGUUUUUUUUUUUUUUCUUGUCGUCAUAAUUACUCUCAUUAUAGUGCAUCUCUGUCUAGACAUGAAAUCUCUGUGUGCAUUCAGACGAAAGCCGCCCAUCCCUUCAGAUACACGAGUCUGCCUGAAUAACAAUACCCACAAUGCACCUCUGUCAGACACCAAACCCGUCUGUGAAUCCAGACCACGAUAUUCCCAGACGCAUCCGCCACACAAUGACUCGCAGCGUCCUUUGCUCUACAUUCAAACAAUCAGCCGAGCAAAAACUCACGUGAAGUGACACGUGGUCACUGGCCAUGUGCCGAGGUUGCGCUUUCUUUAUACCGCAGCGCUCUCGAAUUCAGAUCGGUCAGUUUCCUGUAACAGUUGUGCAGCCGCAAAAUCGCAGGUUCGUUCUGAUACGUUAUCGUUUCUAUAGCAACAGCUCAUUCACAGGGCCUUCCACGUAAACCGUGUAUAAUUGAUUGAUAUAAAUGGUAAAGUUUUCUGUGAGAAGAUGUUUCUAUUACGUUUAUGGAAAGAGUCUCCAGUGUCAAGCUGUAAGUUCAAGCUUUCCAGCAUCUACAGGACAGAACACGUUUGCGUUUCCGGUUUCUCGGUCACAUGACAAGCUGCGUUUUUGUCUUCACGAGAGAGAAAUUAUAGCUGCUAUAUACCGUGACUUGUUUCGUGGACACUCCAAAAUUAAACAUAAGUAUAAACGGAUGAAAACUAUGUGUGGUUUUACUUUAGUAAGUAAAAAAUUGUCAGUGUUGGCAAGCUGUGGCGUAAGAGGAACAAACGCACUUCCGGGACGUGAUGUCAGAGGAAAAUAAUCAGCUUUGUUAUGGUAACAGAGACUGUUGAUUGUUUUCCUAUAACAGCACGCCUAAAAUGCGUUUCAUUAUUUACAUAUAACAAAAGCCAGAUUUUCAGUGUAUCAUGAUGAGUAAAUCCUGACAGCGAUAAUUCACCCAGCACUACAGCGUUGGUUAAAGCAGCCGUCUGUCAUUUUUAUGAUUCAUCUUUAGCAGCUGUGGAAAAAAAAAAAAAAAAUGAUAAGCCACACCUACUUUUGAACCUACAAUGUUCUCAUGGCUGUUUUUUUGUUUUGUUUUUUCGCAGGGGAAAAGAGGUGUGAGGAAAUAAGUUCUGAGCAAGAAGCAGGGCUAAUUUCAGGGCCAGAAAAAGGCACAAUUCUUAUUUAGCAGCUGCGACAAAACAAAUUGACAGGCCACGCCCACUUUUGAACCUACAUGGUGUUUUUUUUUAGGAAAAGAGGCAGCGGUGUGAGCGACUCUGAGAGGCGGGGCUAACUUCUGGGCCAGAAAAAAAUGCAAAUUAAGGCAACGAUACAUUUGCUAAUGUUCAAAGUAAGAAUCGUUCGUAAGCGGGACAGGCUUUGGACAGACUUUAUCCCUUCCUCUGCAGUGGAAUGCAGCAGGACGGGAGAGUCUUUAAAAAUGAUAUCGUACAUGUUUUUUAAUCGUACGUGUAAAAUUAGCGUGAACUGAACGCUAGGUUCUGACCUUCAGCGUGGAAGGAAGUUUACCUCGUCACACACACGUGGCGCUAAAGCGGCUAACAGUCAGUGAAAGUCAGCGGACGCCGGUUAGCAUCGUAUCAUUCGGUUAUUGCAUCAUUUCUGGAUUUUUUUUUUGUUUUUUUGUGUGUAUAAACUUUUGUCAAUCCUGAAUGAACCAAAGACAUUAAAGCAAUGUGGAAUGCUG